AUGUUUUUCAGAUGUGAGGAGGCCAUCCCACUUCACGAAUGCGUGGAGUCGGCCAUGGAGCGCCUGACAAACAUCUGGGACCGAAUUGGGAUCGCCGGCGAUGUUAGGACAUCGAGACGUGGGGUCGUUCAACUCCACCUGAGUAAUCUACUGGAGGAGAUGGUGAAGGAGGAGGAUGCCCUGAAAGAUAAAUUGAUUGAGAAUGUUGAAAAGUUCACUAUCGAGAUUCAACAUUUGAGUGUUGAACUUGGAAUUCCUGUCUAUAAGGUGCCCGAAUCAAUAGCUGUGUUGCAAGCGGAGAAAGAUUUGAGACAGAAAGUCGAACUGCUACACAAAGAGAAACAAGAUAGGAUGAAGAAACUGAAGGCUCUUAUUAAAGAGGACGAAGAAUUAUCUAUGGAGCUGGCAACUCUGCCAUAUCACAUCCUGUCCAUAGCUGUUCCAUCGCUGCAAGAACUCAAGGAUUUUGAACAGCAUAUAGAGGAAAUGGAAAAAGAAAAGCGAAGGAGGCAGGCCAUAUUCAGGGAUGUGCAUGCAGACAUCCUCAGCCUUCUCGAUCAACUGGAACUGUCGCCCAAUACCUCAUUCGAAAGACUGAUCGUCUGCGAAUCGGACUCUGUCACCAUGAAUUUGGAUAAUUUGCAAGGGGCACAGAAGUAUAAAGAAGAGUUGAAGCAGCUGCUAGACGAGAAUGGGGAUGUGAUCGAGUCAAUGAUGGAGAAAGUGGAGCAGUUGUAUAAAAGAUUGGAGUUGGCUGACGACGAGAAGUCAGUGAUGUUCAAGAAGGAGGUUCAGUCAUCUGGGAAAAUGUCACACAGGAUCAUUCUCAUGGUUCAAUUGGCACGAUUGGAGAAGCUGAAGAUGCAGAACAUAAAGAAGUUCAUCAUCGAAUCCAGGAAGGAGUUGCUUCAUAUCUGGGACAGGUGUUACAUAUGCGAGGAGGAUAGGAGGAAGUUCACAGCCUUCUACAUAGAUGAUCUAACGGAAGAGUUGCUAGCCUCCCACGAAGACGAACUGAGAAGGAUGAAUGACUAUUACAACAACAACAAGGAGAUGCUGUCCCUGGUCGCCAGGAGGCAGUUGCUCUGGCAGGAAUUUCUCGAACUGGAGAGGAAGGCAAACAAUCCUGACAGGUACUCCAAUAGGGGAGGGAAUCUAUUGAAAGAGGAGAAACAGAGGAAGAAGGUAGCCGUUGAUCUGCCUAAAGUCGAACAGGAAGUGAAGAUGCUGAUCGAGAGCUGGGAGAGAGAGAACGACAGAAAGUUUUUGGUCGGAGGUGUGGCCUUUGAAGAGUUCAUCAGGAGAGAGAAGGAGAAUUACCUGGCAGAGAAGGAGAAUGAGAAAAUUAUUAGACAUCAGCAAAAAGUCAGGCAAAUGGAGGAGGAGGUGAUGUUCGGUAGUCGGCCUGCCACCCCCUGCAACAAGAGGUUCGCCAACAACACCAACAUGACCCCGUCCAAGACCCCCAAUAAAACUAGAAAGGUUGGUCUCUUUGUUCUCUGGAGUUGUGAUGAUUUUGUUUUGUUGAUGAUGGUUAAUGAUUAA